CAGCUGAACCCCAAAGUGAGUGCCUUCCAGCGGCGCUUCGUGGGCGAGGUGCGGCGCUGCGAGGAGAUGGAGAAGACCUUCACUUUCCUGCAGCAGGAGCUGCGGGGAGCCGGGCGGGUGCUGGGGCCGUGUCCUGAGAGCCCACGGGCGCCGCUGGCGCGGGAGGCCCUGCGGGUGCAGGAGCAGUCGGAGCAGCUGGCACAGGAGCUGCGGGAGGUCAGCCGCAACCGGGCCUCCCUGUGCGGGCGCCUGCGGGAGCUGCGCCAGUACCUCCACGUCCUGCGCGAGGGCCAACGCUUCACCAGCUGGCCGGCUCCCCUGGGAUCUCCGCCGCGGCCCCGGGCGUUCUCGGAGCGUGACCCCCUCCUUGACCCCUCCUUGCACCAGCACCUUGACCGCAAGAUCAACUUUGUGGCCGGUGUCAUUCACCCGUGGCGGGUGAGCGCCUUCGAGCGGCUGCUGUGGCGCGCCUGCCGUGGCUACCUGGUGGCUAGCUUUGUGGAGAUGCCCGAGCCCAUGGAGGACCCAGCCACGGGCGAGAGCAUCACCUGGGUCAUCUUCCUCAUCUCCUAUUGGGGUGAGCAGAUCGGGCAGAAGAUCCGCAAGAUCUCAGACUGCUUCCACUGCCAUGUGUACCCCUACCCAGAGAGCGAGGCCAGCCGGGUGGACACCAUGAGCGGGCUGCAGAGCCAGAUCCAGGACCUCAGCGUGGUGCUGGAGGAGACGGAGCAGUACCUGGCGCAGGUGCUGGACAAGGUGGCGCUGGCGCUGCCCACCUGGCGGGUGCAGGUGCAGAAGAUGAAGGCCAUCUACCUCGUCCUCAACCAGUGCAGCUUCGAUGUCACCGAGAAGUGCCUCAUCGCUGAGGUCUGGUGCCCCGUGCGGGACCUCACCCAAGUGCAGGAUGCCCUGCGCCAGGGAUCGUACAAGAGCGGCUCGAGCGUGGAGUGCUUUGUGCAGCGCAUUCCCACCUCGGAGAGCCCGCCCACCCUCAUCCGCACCAACAAGUUCACCGCUGGCUUCCAGAGCAUCGUGGAUGCUUAUGGGGUGGCCAGCUACCAGGAGGUGAACCCCGCACCCUACGCCAUCAUCACCUUCCCCUUCAUCUUCGCCAUCAUGUUUGGGGACGUGGGGCAUGGGCUGCUCAUGUUCCUCUUCGCUCUCUGGAUGGUGCUGUAUGAGAACAGCCCCAAUCUGCGACAGUCCAGCAAUGAGAUCUGGCUGACAUUCUUCGAGGGGCGCUACCUCAUCCUGCUCAUGGGGGCCUUCUCCAUCUAUACUGGCUUCAUCUACAACGAGUGCUUCAGCAAAGCCACCGUCAUCUUC